GGAUAUACCUUUCCAUAGCCGUUGAAAUUAAACACCUCUGUAAGGAUCAGAGGUUAAGAUGAUAAGCACAAGGCGUAUUACUCUAUAGUAGAAUAUUGAUUUUUUGUGAUGGAAUGAAGAUGAUUACAUACCGCAUUUAAUCACAAAUAAAUUAUGUUAUAAAACUGAUUGUUAUUGGUAAAUUUGCGGUAGAAUGGUUACGGUAACAGUUUCUUAUACUGACAGAACUUCACAGCCAACCGUGUCAAGUGCAAGCACCAGAAAUUCAGUCUAUUUGUAGAACCCGGCAAGUUUACGUUUUAGAAGAGAAAUGUGGAUCAGUAUCGACUACGUGAGUGCUCUACUCACGCUCGGCAUUGCAUACGUUGAACAUGCAAUUUGGAAUGUGUUCGUACGUUUUUGGCCAGGUUUCGAGCGCCCGAUAAUAGAAGUACAACAAGGCAGAGUUCAGGGUGUUACAGCAAAACUUCCCAAUGGAUCCCGGUAUCAUUUCUUCAAAGGCAUUCCCUAUGCGAGUUCACCUGUUGGCAAUCUUCGUUUCCGAGCACCGGUUCGAUUGGAGCGAUUUUACGAACCAUUAUUAAACUGCAGUACUGAUAAAGGUGAUUUUAUUCAAAAAUACAUUUUGUUCGAUUGGCCUAUCAUUGGCUCUGAAAAUGAGCUAUAUCUUAACGUGUACACACCAGCGUUACCGAAGAAGGAUUCAAACAAAUAUCCUGUAAUGGUUUAUGUUCAUGGCGGUGGCUACCGAUACGGCACAGCGAGUUCUCUUGUAUAUGACCCCGUAUACUUGAUACAACGGGAAGUAGUUGUGGUGACAUUUAUUUAUCGAUUGGGACCAUUGGGUUUUCUCUGUUUACCAAAUGCUGGUAUCAGUGGAAAUGCUGGACUCAAAGAUCAACGUCUGGUUCUCCAAUGGGUUCAUGAAAAUAUCGGACAUUUUGGUGGUGACGCUGACAAUGUUACGCUUUUCGGUGAAAGUGCUGGCAGUUUGUCUACGUAUCUACAUUAUCUAUCACCAAACUCAAGAAAGUAUUUCCAUAGAGUGAUAUGUCAAAGUGGUGACGCUUGCACAGAGUCCGCAUUUCAGGUCGAUCCAGAAGGGAAGGCAAGGAAGCUAGCCCGCUUGUUAGGAUGCACGGGCGACUCGGAUGAGGACGUUCUUGAUACUCUGAUGAAAGCCUCAGCUAGAUCUUUGGUGAAAUACCAAGACGAUGUCAUAAGUCCAGAUGAGGAAGUUUGUUUCCAAAGGUUUCUCUUCAAACCCGUGAUCGAGCAGCAAUCCACUGAAGACAGCAUUAUCACUCGAGCCCCCGAAGAAAUUAUAAAAUCCAUGAACACACUUAUUAUGCCGAUAAUGUCCGGAUGCACAAGCGGAGAAGGAGCGCUAUCAUUAACGUUGAACAAAUAUCGCUUAGAGGAUUAUAAUAGACACCCUGAAUGGCUUGUACCGCGAUUCAUGGGCCUUACGAAAAACCUAGAACAAAAAAUUAGCAUUGGACAAGAGAUGAAAACCUUUUAUCUUGGUGACAAUAAUAUCAGCUGGGAGACAGUUGAUCAAACGUGUGAUUUGAUGUCUGAUGCCACAUUAGUUGUCAGCAACAAUUUGAGCGCUGAAUGGAUUGCUAAAUUUCAACCAAAUGUAAAGCAUUAUAACUACUACUUUUCGUUCAGUGGCCGAUUCGACAUUUUUAAGAAACUCUACAACAUAGGAUCAGUAAAUGGAGUUUACCACGGCGAUGACAUUUUCUAUCUGUUUAGUCCAUCUUUACUACCGAACUUACCAGCAGACAGCAACGAGUGCAAAGUACGAGAUUUCUUUGUCAAAGUCAUCACAAAUUUUGCCAAAUUCGGUGAUCCUACUCCGGAUGGGUCUAUGCUUGGUUUCACGUGGGAAGCAAUACAGCCUGUAGAUCGCAACUCGGAACAUUUCAAUUUGAAAUGCUUGGAAAUCACACAAUCGCCACGUAUGGUGCAAAACCCACAUCAGGAUAGAAUGAAAUUCUGGAGAAAUUUGAUUAGAAAACACACAAAUUUGUUAUGAUUUAUGAUGAUGUGAUGAUUAAAAAU